UGGUCUGUGAACAAAGUCACCAGGAGAGCAAGAAGCAAAGGUGAAGCAGGUGGGUUGACACGCUGGAGUAGUGGACUGUGUCAAACACCAAGUUCAGGCUGCUGCUGUGGAAUAAAAACAUCUGGCUGGACGGGAAUGUACCGAAGGAGCAGGCAGAUGCUCCGUGAACAUGUUUAACUCUGUCUCCAACAGCGUGGGUUCCUCUGGGCCUGAUGAUAUUUUCGAGGAGGACUGCUACUCCCCGUCCUCCCUCUCCUCUUCCUCCUCCUCCUCUGCCCCCCCUGUGGCCUCCCUGCAGGGGAAAACACUGUGCACCUCCUGCGGCCUAGAUAUAGUUGACCGAUACCUCCUCAAGGUGAACAACUUCUGCUGGCACGUGCGCUGCCUCUCGUGCAGUGUAUGUCAGACAUCACUAGGGCGACACGUGAGCUGCUACAUCAAGGAUAAACAAGUUUUCUGCAAACUUGACUACUUUAGGAGGUAUGGGACCCGCUGUGCUCGCUGUGGCCGGAACAUCCAUUCUAGUGAUUGGGUGCGUCGGGCCCGAGGCAGCACCUUCCACCUGGCCUGCUUCUCCUGCACAUCUUGUAAGAGGCAGCUGUCCACUGGGGAGGAAUGUGGACUACUAGAGAACAGGGUCUUCUGCCGGCCACACUAUGACAUUAUGAUGGAGAAUAUCAAACAUGCUAAGGAAAAUGAUCAACCAAAAGAAGAUGAAGAAGUAGCAGACAAAGAUGAAUCCAGCACCAUACCCAGACCUGCUAAGAGGGCCAGGACCAGCUUCACUGUUGACCAGUUACAGGUAAUGCAAAGUCAGUUUGCUAAAGAUAACAACCCAGAUGCCCAGACUCUCCAGAAACUGGCAGAGAGGACUGGUCUCAGCCGAAGGGUUAUUCAGGUCUGGUUUCAGAACUGUCGAGCUCGUCAAAAGAAAUACAUCAGCCCAAACCCUUCUUCCUCAACCAUGAUGACAUCACUUGCUGCCGGUCAGCUGACGCCACCUUUGAUGGAGGAUCUGCAAUACACAACCUAUAUUUCCCCAGAUGCACCCCUCCUCACAACACUGACUUAUAUGGAUGUCCAACCUCCAGACCCACUUUUGCUUCAGCCGCUCAUAUCCCAUUCACUGACACAACUGCCAGUCAGCCAUGCCUGAGCUACAGCCCGCCUACUGAAAACUGAGGACAAUGAUUGGUUGAUGGGAAGAUGAAGAGGAAAAACAGUGAGAAUUGGAUGACUUUAAUUCAUAAGCUGUGAGCACAGUAACAGCGAUGAAUUUGUUAAAUUUUCCCGGCCUAAUGUGUGAGCGGACAAAAGAUCUAUUUGUUAAUGACUGAAUUAAUUUCAUCCAAUCAUACAUGGAUUUAAAUGUGGGAAAAUAAGUGUUGUUGAUUGAAAAUGUUAUGUAAAAAUAUUGGUAUGUGACAUGAAACUUUGGUUAAUAUGUAUGUGUUACGAAUUCCUUUGUAUUUAAUUUAUUUGGAGAAUAUGAUGAGAUAAGCACUUUGUUUGAAAAUGAUGUAAAACUGAGUACAGAUUUGGUUUUCAGUUAAUGUUUAUUAAAAGAUGUGUUUAAGGAUAAUACAAAUGUCAGUUUGGGCACCUACAAGAGAGAAUCUAAUGGUUGCUCUUCUAUAAAGACUACUAAAGAAAAUUCAGUAUUGGUUUAUAUUGCGAAUUAUUACCACUGCAGAUCAUACAUAGAUUCUACCAUUCCUUACUCUGUUAUUGACAAAACAAAUGUGUAUAAACAUGUUAUUUGAACUGUUCUUCACUUGCAGUGCCUAAGACUGUUGUUCCCAAAACAUCCACAUGUCUAAUUUUGGAUAAACACUUGUUAAUGUGUUAAGCACAGACAAAAAGCAAUACAAUGCGUGUCCUCAGAUUGUGAAUGUUAGACGCCACUAGAAGCCAUGUAUGGACUGCACACUGGGAAUAGAUAGACUUUCACAUUAAUUUGAGAUGCUGGAAAUUAAAGUUCAUGGCUGCACCAAAAA